GUGCUCGAACGUCACAGUGUUCACAUCCAAUCGUGCCAGGACUUUUAAAUCAAACAUGAAUACGCGGUGUUUACUAGUGCUCGCGGCCGCCCUCGGCGUAGCUGUGGCCCAAGAAUCCUUCAAAUGCCCAGACGAUUUCGGCUUCUACCCACACCACAUCUCCUGCGACAAAUACUGGAAGUGCGACAACGGCGCCGCUGAACUCAAGACAUGCGGCAACGGUCUUGCCUUCGACGCUUCAGACUCAAAAUACCUGACCGAGAACUGCGACUACCUCCACAAUGUCGAGUGCGGAGACAGGACACAGCUUGAGGCCCCAAUCUCCACACCCCACUGCUCGCGGCUGUACGGCAUCUUCCCCGAUGAUGCCAAAUGCGACGUGUUCUGGAACUGCUGGAACGGCGAGGCGUCCCGCUACCAGUGCAGCCCUGGCCUUGCUUACGACAGAGAGUCGCGCGUCUGCAUGUGGGCCGACCAGGUGCCCGAGUGCAAGAACGAAGAGGUAGCCAACGGAUUCUCUUGCCCCGCCCCCGGUGAGGUAUCGAACGCGGGCUCAUUCAGCCGUCACGCCCACCCUGAGGACUGCCGCAAGUACUACAUCUGUCUGGAGGGCGUCGCCCGCGAGUACGGUUGCCCCAUCGGCACAGUCUUCAAGAUCGGCGAUUCCGAUGGCACUGGCAACUGCGAAGACCCCGAAGAUGUUCCCGGAUGCGAGGACUACUAUGGUGACCUGGAUCUGAAGACCAUCCGCAAGAGCGAGCUCCUGGCUGGUCUCCAGCAAGACGGCGGCUCUCGCGUCACCCAGAAGCAUCUCAAACCCCGUCCAGUCCAAAAGGAAAACUAAACUCUUCCGCCCACCUUUAACCUCUUAAUACUCAUAUCGUUAUCUACAUUACAAAAUCAUUUUCGCACCGAAAGCAACAGCGUCGCACACUGGCAGUUAUAAAUAAAAAUAAGAAUGUUACUUUCCGUGCGUAAAGGUUUUGUUCCAGGUUCAAAUU